UCAAAGUCAUUUUAUUUGGCUUAUUACUGUUUCUCCCUGUGCUAAAUGGAGUUGAUCCUAAGUGCAAUUAUUAUGGAAAUAUGAAAGCUGGAGAAAAAUGUUAUGUGCAAAAUCCCGAGUUUCCUAAUUACUACAAAGGUGAAAAUCACUACGUUUGGGAAUUAGCAAGUGACAAUAUUAUUAAAAUAAAUUGUUCUCUUCAAAUAGGUAAUAAUUGUACUCAAGACAGACUAUCUGUUAAAUUUUCUGAAGACGAUGGAUUUUAUUAUUGUGGAUUUGGCACAUUCGUUCGUCAAGGGAAAAAUCCAAUUAUAAGAUUGGACUCGCUAAUUAAAUCCCAAGGCGGCCGAUUUAUAUGCGAAGUUCAAGCUUUAAAAGAUAAUUCAAAUAAAUGCCAAUGUGGUUGGAAAAAAGUAACCAGGAUAGUAGGUGGUAAGGAAACUGGGAUUAAUGAAUAUCCCAUGAUGAGUGGACUCUAUGAUUUAAAUAUUAAAAAAUUAUAUUGCGGUGCUACUAUAAUAUCCAACACAUAUAUUUUGACGGCAGCUCAUUGCAUAGAGGGCAAAGACCCAAAGAGUGAGAUUGCCGUAAUUGUUGGUGAACAUGAUACAAGCACAGGUAGCGAUACCGAUGCAACCAAAAUAUUUGCCGUGAUCGGAUGCGUGAUUCAUCCUAAGUAUAACAAUAAAAAUAAUUUAAACGAUAUAGCUGUUUGUAAAAUUAAUGGUAACAUCGAAUAUAGUGCUGCGGUUGGUCCGGUCUGCUUACCAUUUCGACAUAAAUAUGACUCGUUCAAUGGUAAUAUCGUCACAGCGUUGGGAUGGGGUUUAACGGAAUAUGCCGGCCGUGAAUCGAAAACGCUA